UUUGCGGAGUUUUGAGUGAGUUUUGCGGAGUUUUGAGUGAGUUUUGCGGAGUUUUGAGUGAGUUUUGCGGAGUUUUGAGUGAGUUUUGUGCUAUUUUAUGGGACGCAGCCGGCUCCCCAAGCACCUUCUCGCCUUCCCAGCUGGGGUGGGAAGGGAAUCCUUAACCACCGGCCCAGCCGGUAGCGCCGAUCCCAAACCCUACGAGGAACCAGUUGGGAACCAGUCCUGUAAUGAGGCGCCUCUGGAUGCAGGGCCCGUCGCCGGCUGCGGUGGCGAUAAAAGGGAGCGCCGGGACGCGCUCCCCGCACUCGGCUCCGGCUCUCGGCGAUGUGGGGUGGCUCCCGCGCCGUCUGGAAGAGGAGGUUCAGCUGCUAUGGUCCCUGGGAGUCGGCCGAGAGCUGCAUCGUGCGCACCUCCGCCAGCGUCUACCGCCGGCUGCAGGAGAGCCCGCGGCAGCCCCCGCGGGGGAUGAGCACCCGCGGACCAUCCCCGCAGCCCCCGCAGCCCCCCAGCAGCCCCCCGAGCCGCGGGAGGCUCCUCAAAUCCGAGUCCGAGGAUUCCGGCGUGGAGAUGGCCAGCAACGAGCACUCGCCCUCCACCCCGCUGGGCUCCGAGAGCAGCUUUUCCCUGGACGGUUUCCCGGCCGAGAAGACCCCCGGAGAGGAGCAUCCCCGACCCGGAGAGGAGCCCCCCCGGCCCUCCCGGAGCCGCUCGGCCAGCAGGAGGCUGCUGCAGGCAGCGCAGCGGAGCAGGAGGCAGCGCUGCCCGCGACAGCUCAGCCGCCGCAGCGCCAGCGCCGCCGACCCGGCAGAGCCCCGACCGCGGGACCCCGAGGAGCCCGAGGGGGCGGCCCGACCGUCCGGUAACCCCCGGGACCCCCGCGCUGUGCCCGAGGCUGAGGUGUCGGGGCAGGGGCUGCGCUACCUGGAGCACGUGUGCCAGAUGCUGGAGCGCCUGGCGAGGCUGCAGCAGGACAACCGCGCCCUCCGGCAGCAGGCGGCCGGAGCCCGGGGAGCCCGCCCGGACACCCUGGACCCGGUGCCAGAUGGACAGGACGGUAUUUGGGAUAGCAGCACGAUGCCCCCAGGCCCCCACGCUUGACCAGCUUUGUCCCCCCACGCAGAGGCUGAGCCCGGGCCGUGCCGGAGGCUGUGGGGUCACUCGGUCAGCUCCCCCAGCCUGCUGGACCCCUCCGAGGSCGGGGCGGGUGCCCCGGCACCGGACAAGUUCGGGCGCUCUCACUGGGGCCGGGUGAAGGUGCUGCUCACCCGCCUGACCCGCCGCUCCCAGCGGGGCGGCCGCUGCAGGUAGGACCGGGGGWUGGUUCCCGCUCCCACCGCCCCACCCUGGAUGGAGGAACUGCGUCACACCCCUCCCUAUGACGUCACGCCCGCCCGGGGCCGGCCCCCGGCCCGGCGCACCCCCUUUUCACCUUUAUUUUCCCCCCACAAUAAAAUCUUUUCACGGCUCUU